AGACGGUGUCCCUGGGGUGUCUGGACGUCAACCACUGGGGCUGUGUGAUGCGUGGGCGGUGGCGUACCCAAAGGCCAUUGUGACACGGAGGGGUACCCAUGGCAACGGUGUCCCUUAUAAGGCCCGAGCCCCGGGCUGCCCAUUCACUCUCAGGAGAGCAGCUCUCUCAGGAGGCAGCAGCUCGCCUGGGUGCCCGUUGGAGUUCUCGGUCAGAGGACCUGGAGCACACCAUGGAGCAGCAGAAUAAGGAUCACUCCCAGCCCGCUGAAGGGCAGCAGAGGGUACAGGAGCGGCGCCAGUUUCUCUUGCAGAUGGAGAAGCUGCAAGACAUGAAGACGCUGCCACACAGUGGGGUGCGGCAGGAAGAGAGAAUCCAUCUGCCAGCCAUGCCGCCUUUCCCAAGGCAGGCAGCGACUCAGGCAGCAGCACCCAAGCAAGCGCGUGCAGCACAGACAUCGUCAUCUGAAAGGGUCACUUGCAAGCUGCCCCGUCUACAAGCAACAGCCUCUGCAUCUUCAGCUGCAGGAAGGGCAAAGGCGUUGGGCACAGAGGCCCACAGCCACCAAGAGCUUCUGCCACCUCUUCCGUGCAUCUCUGGUGAGAGGGACAAGGCAGUGAGGGCAGGGAGCCGGGAACGUGGCCCACACAGCCCUGUGGCCCCUGACGAGGACAUGGAGUACACAGUACGGUCCUUCGUCUCCACAGUCAUAAGAAACGCUCUAGCCUGCAACGAGGAAGCCAACAGCAAAGCAAGGCUUUCUCCCUCAGGCAGAGGUCCCGGGACCAAAGGCUACAGAACACCACCUCUCACCACAGCAGUGCCCCAAAAUGGGAAGAAGAAGAGUCAGCACUCGUCCAAAAGCAGCCCUGCAGCCCCUGCCGAAGAAAUUGAAGACCCAGUAAAGGCCUUUGUCUCCGCUGCCAUUAACAGUGCCAUAGCCCGGAACCAGGGAGCCAUGAGGGAGGCAAGGCUUUCUCCCUUGGGCAGACGUCCCAGGAGCAAAGGCCGCAUAACACCACCACUCCUCACAGCAGUGCCCCAGAACUGGAAGAAGAGUCAGCACCCUGCCAAAAACAGCCCUGCAGCCUCCGCCGAGGACAUGGAAGACCCAGUAAAGGCCUUCGUCUCCAGUGUCAUUAGCAGUGCUAUAGCCUGCAACGAGGGAGCCACGAGGGAGGCAGAGCUUCCUCCCUUGUGCAGAGGUCCCAGGAGCAAAGGCCACAGAACACCACCUCUCCUCACAGCAGUACCCCAGGAUUGGAAGAAGAGUCGGCAGGCUGCCCCACACUGCCCCACAGACUCUUUCGCAGCACUGCGGGACACAGCACAGUCCCUUGUGUCUGAAGUCCUGGCAAAGACAAUGGCUGAAAGCUGGGAACACGGCCAACGGCCUGCAGAACUGGUGGACCUGGCACACACGGGGUGCACAGUGACAUCAACAAGAGCAGUCGAGGUCCAGACAGACACGGACAGCAGGUGGACCACUGCUCUGCCAGGGCGCCAUCACCAGGCACGUUCAGGAAAACCGGCUGCCGGCAGGGACCCUGCACCAGCAAGCCCAGACAGGGGUGAGAAGCAAGGGCAGCAGAGACAGAUACACAUCAAACCCAGGCAGGGGAGCGGCAAGGAUGGGACAAGCCAGGGCCGGGGCAGGAAAGAAAGAGGUCCUGAGAGAUGGGAUGAAGAGGAAGAAAUUAUCAUCUUCAACUCCUGGAUAAACCCCAGCUUCCCCAGCCUCUUCCAGGAGCCACAGGCCUUUCCCCAGAAAGUGUGCAGCUCACCCAGCAGCGUGGACAGGGAGGCUGCAGCACAAGAAGCAGAACCCCCCAACAAGAGUCUCUCUUGGCUCACCGGACACUGA